GAAGCGUCCGGGCUCCUGACUCCCCCCUCCGCGCGCGCGCUGCUCGCCCGGGACCGGCAGGCGCAGCUCUAGCGUCCCGGGCGGGAGUGCGCGUGCGCGCGGCCGCGGGUCCCGCUCUCCCUCCCCCGCCCCUCUCCGCGCCUCUAUAACUUGGCGGGCAAGGAGGCGGCGCCCGUGGAGUCGGAGGGCGGGGAGCUCGGAGGAGGGCGCCGGGAGUUGUGGAGACUGUCGACCGGGGAAGUCGCAGCGCUCGGCCGGCGCAGCCCGCUCGCGGGCUCCCUCGCUGCCGCCCUCCGUCUGCGCCGCGGGCCUCGGCGCCGUGGGGCGGCUCGGGGUGCGCUCGCCCGCCGCCCCGGCCCCGGCCGUUGCCGCGCGCGGGCGGGAUGUGGCGCCUGGUGCCCCUGAAGCUGGGCCGCCUGUCCCGUGCACUGAAGCUGGCGGCUCUCGGCAGCCUGUUGGUGCUGAUGCUGCUGCACUCGCCGUCGCUGCUCGCCUCCUGGCAGCGCAACGAGCUCGCCGAUCGGCGCUUCCUGCAGCUCAAUAAGUGCCCGGCGUGCUUCGGCACGAGCUGGUGUCGCCGCUUCCUCAACGGCCAGGUGGGCUUCGAGGCGUGGGGCCGCCUGCGCCUGCUGGACUUCCUCAACGUGAAGAACGUGUACUUCGCGCAGUACGGCGAGCCCCGCGAGGGCGGCCGUCGGCGCGUGGUGCUCAAGCGCCUGGGAUCGCAGCGGGAGCUGGCGCAGCUCGACCAGAGCAUCUGCAAGCGGGCCACCGGCCGGCCGCGCUGCGACCUGCUCCAGGCCAUGCCCCGCACCGAGUUCGCUCGUCUCAACGGCGACGUGCGGCUGCUCACGCCGGAGGCGGUGGAGGGCUGGUCGGACCUGGUGCACUGUCCCUCGCAGCGCCUGCUGGAUCGCCUGGUGCGCCGCUACGCCGAGACCAAGGACUCGGGCAGCUUCCUGCUGCGCAACCUCAAGGACUCGGAGCGCAUGCAGCUGCUGCUCACCCUGGCCUUCAACCCCGAGCCGCUGGUGCUACAGAGUUUUCCAUCUGAUGAAGGUUGGCCAUUUGCAAAAUAUCUUGGAGCUUGUGGAAGAAUGGUGGCUGUGAAUUAUGUUGGAGAAGAGCUGUGGAGUUACUUUAAUGCGCCAUGGGAGAAAAGAGUUGACCUUGCUUGGCAGUUAAUGGAAAUAGCAGAACAGCUUACAAACAAUGACUUUGAAUUUGCACUCUACCUCCUGGAUGUCAGCUUUGACAAUUUUGCGGUUGGUCCUCGAGAUGGGAAGGUAAUCAUUGUGGAUGCUGAAAAUGUUUUAGUUGCUGACAAAAGAUUAAUUAGACAAAAUAAGCCUGAGAAUUGGGACGUAUGGUAUGAAAGCAAGUUCGAUGACUGUGACAAGGAGGCUUGCUUGUCAUUUUCAAAAGAAAUUCUUUGUGCUCGCGUUACUGUGGACCACAAUUACUAUGCUGUUUGUCAAAACCUCCUAUCUAGACAUGCCACCUGGCGCGGCACUUCUGGAGGACUCCUUCAUGAUCCACCAAGUGAAAUUGCCAAAGAUGGCCGCCUGGAGGCCUUGCUGGAUGAGUGUGCCAACCCCAAGAAGCGCUAUGGCCGAUUCCAGGCUGCGAAAGAACUGCGUGGAUAUCUAGCACAAUUAAGUCACAACGUGAGGUAGUAGAUGGUGAUUUUCUUUGCUGAAAUAGCACUGGCAAACUUAACCACCAAAAGACUGUCUAGAAAAAACACAGUGUGGAAGAAUUACACCAGAGGAUGAGGACUUGUUCUGAUAGAUCUUACAUUAACAUCCAUCAACAUAAGACAUUGCUCUACAUCCAAGUUCACGUGAUGCUUCUGUGACUCCGUUCUUCACUUUGGAGACGUGAGAACCAUUGACUGCUUUCCCCGUCCCGUACCUGAGUGGAUUGAUGACAUUGUUAAGCUAUUGGAAAGGAGUCUGAUAGUUACAUGGCUUGUGUAUCAAAGGGUACUUGGUACUUAGUUUGCGUGCGCUCAUGAUUUUGUGAAUCUCUGGCAUUUACUUUGAAUGUCAAGUUAGAUCGGCCUGUUUUAUAGGCCACCUUUUCCUUCUGAUGUGUAAAAUUAUUUUCCAUUUUUAAAAAGUUUUACACACCCAGGUUACUAUAGGUGUUCGCUUAGAUUUUAAUAUAAGUAGUUUUCAUUCAGUGCUAUGCGGUACAUACUUAACUGUUAGAGCAGGACUCCCAGGUUUACUGUUUUUACAGAGAUCUUAGUAUUUCAUUAUGUAAAUAAUUUACCUCCCCUCAACCUUCUGUACGUCAUCAUUGCAUGAGAUCAUUUCAGGUUAUUUAGGAGUUAAAUCCCUCAAUGCCAGUAAUUCUAAGUAUACACUGAACACGCCGUUCAGCAUAUGCUACAAAAUGUCACCGCAUCCUUUGCUAAAAGGCUUUAAGAAGAAUACACUAGCCAUCUACACUUCAAUAACUUUGAUUGAAGAAACAAUAAAACUCAAUGUUUUUAAAUGCUAACUAGUCCAAGAUAGUAAUGCAUAUGCCAAAGAAAUAUUAGACACAUUCCAUGUUUAGAUCUGAGAAUUGAUCAAUUCUUAGCCCUCUUCAGUAUUUUAGCUGUCACUAUUAAAUUAAAAUCUGCCUGUUCUUUAAUGUUGACAGUUGAGCUACUGCUUUAAAAAAAUGUAUAACUUAAAGAAGACCUUCUGCCAUCGUAUUCUUGGUAGGCUUUUCAAAAUGAACACGGUAAUCAUUGUUAGAAUUUAAUUAGGUAUCAGAACCUUUUACUUAUUGAUAUACUAAUAAUUUUUUAUAAAGCUUGUCUGCCCACUGUGAUCUUUACCCAGUUGCUAAAUAUCAGAAUAUCAAAUUUAAAUACAUGAGUAGAAAGAUUAACAAAAUAAUGUGUAAAGUUUUUGUCUAUUUAAAAACUGUUCUGUGUAAAAGUUGACUUUAAAUAGCACAGGCAGUAGUUUUCCGUUUGAAAUUGUUGCUUUUGUUUGCAGUAAAGUUUGGGGUAGUGUGCAGUAGUGGGUUCUGACUGACUUGCUGAAAACCGAAAGUGAUUAAAACAUGCACAACCAAAGCCAAGCUUGUCCUUUUUCUUCAUUCAGCAACUAUUUAUUGAUCAUCCACCCUGUGCUAGGUGCGCUCGUAGCUGCUAUAUAUCAUCUAAACAUGAUGUGGGCGAGUGACUUCAUCAGAUGUACCAGCGAAAAUACUUAAGCUGACUCAUUAUUUGGGGUGACACGUCCAUGUUAUUAUUGUCGUGAUGGAAAGUCUCUUUGCACCAUCCUAAAUUAGUACCUUAACCCAAAGUGGAUGAAGACAGCAAUAGAGUUAAUCCACAGUUAAAAAUGGGAAGGCAAAGGGUAAGAGAGCUCCAUUACAAAGCAUUGCAUUGUGUUCUUUCUUAUGCAUCAGUAGAUUGCAUAGCUCUCAAUGAAACACUGAAGAUUUUGCUAAGCCAACUUUUUACAACUUGGAAACCUUUUUGAGGGGAAUAGGAGAAAUCGUCUCACAAGACUCCUUUGCUUCUUCCUUAGAGCUACACUAAAAAUACAAUUUCAAAACAGAACACCAUUAUAUUUUCUACAUAUUCAUAACAUGGAGGCUGGAGCUCACAGGAGCCACCUGUGGUCCUACACACAUCUUCCUAUUUUUGGUGAGAGAUUGCGGUUGUGAUGACAGAGCAGGAAGUGAAGAAGCGCUCCUGGGAGUGAUGGCUACUUCAGGUAUAACCACCAUUAGAGAGUAUGUGGAAUUUCUUUUAUCUUUGGAGAAGACUGAGAAGAUAGUAAAAGAAUUAGGAAUUUUAAAUUACAGGGAAAAAUAUGUAUGUGAAAAGCAAUAAAUAUUUUGUUCUCUUUGCUAUCAAGAUGUUCACAUUCAGAUAUUUAUUAUACAGCAGCAAUUUAUAUUUUUAAUCAUUGCCCAUUAAUAGACGCGGUAAAAUAUUUUUGAAUCAAACAUUUGGGGUUUGUAUGUGCAUUUAAAUUGUCUUUUGUACUGUACGUUACUGUUUAAUUUGAAUAUUUUAUCAGAACUGUCUCCCUGUGCCUUUAUUAAAAUAUAAAGUUGUCUCUGCAACUUUUAAUGAUCUUAAUAAAGAAUACUUUAAGAACCAUA